AUGAGAGAGCCACUUUCUGGGCUUGAGUUACAGCUACAGAAAAACCAGUAUUUGCAGUUGGGACAAAGCCGUGGCCAGUACUAUGGAGGGUCCCUGCCAAACGUCAAUCAGAUCGGCAGCAGCGCCAUGGACCUGCCCUUCCAGACUCCAUUUCAGUCGUCCGGGUUGGACACCAGCCGGACGACUCGGCACCACGGGCUGGUGGACAGGGUGUACCGUGACCGAAACCGCCUCGGCUCGCCACACCGACGCCCCCUCUCCGUGGACAAGCACGGCAGACAGGUAGACAGCUGUCCAUACAGCACCGUCUAUCUCUCUCCACCCUCAGAUACAAGCUGGAGAAGGACCAAUUCAGACUCUGCCCUGCACCAGAGUACAAUGACCCCGGCUCAAUCGGAGCCUUUCUCAGCUGGUUCGCAAGAUAUGCAGCAGAAAAGAGUCUUAUUACUCACUGUGCCGGGCAUGGAAGAAGAAUCUUCAGAUACAGACAAGAACCUUUCAAAGCAAGGAUGGGAUGCUAAGAAGACGGGAUCCUCACGGCCAAAAUCCUGCGAAGUUCCAGGAAUAAACAUCUUUCCGUCAGCUGACCAGGAAAACACUACCGCGCUCAUCCCCGCCGCUCACAACACGGGGGGCUCCUUGCCCGAUCUGACGAACAUCCACUUCCCUUCUCCGCUCCCCACGCCGCUGGACCCCGAAGAGACUUCUUUCCCUUCCUUGAGCAGCUCCAACAGCACCGGGAACCUCACCACCAACCUGACACACAUGGGCAUCAGCACCGCCAAUCAGGGAAUGACAACGACACAGUCCCCUUCCCGGCAGCCGGCGGUCAGCCCUCUCUCGCUGAACACCGACUCCAGGAGGACCCAGGCUCAGCAGGGCUCUCCCACGCUGUCACCUCUGUCGCCCAUCACUCAGGCCGUGGCGAUGGACGCCCUCUCCCUUGAACAGCAGCUUCCGCCCUAUCCAUUCUUCACCCAGACGAGCGCGCCACAGCAGCAGCAGACGCAGGUGGCCAGCGCUCUGCCCCCCAACGCCUCCCUGAUGCAGACCUCCGGUUUACAGCGAGGAAUCCAGCUGCCCCCGCUUUCGGUCUCCGUCCCGUCCACGAUCCCUCAGUCUCCACCGGGCAGCCAAACCCAGACCUCCAUGGGGAUAGAUGUCAGCUCGGGCUCACUCCAGCAGUACCGCAGCAAUGCCGGCUCCCCUGCCAACCAGUCUCCCACCUCUCCUGUCUCCAAUCAAGCUUUCUCUCCCGGCACCUCCCCUCAACAAACGUCCAUCUUAGGGAGCGUCUUUGCCGACUCGUGUUACGACCAGCAGAUGACCGCUAGGCAGGCCAACGCAUUGUCCCAUCAGCUCGAGCAGUUCAACAUGAUUGAGAACGCUAUCAGCUCCAACAGCCUCUACAGCCCCUGCUCCACCCUCAACUACUCCCAGGCUGCCAUGAUGGGGCUGACCGGCAGCCACGGGAGCCUGCAGGAUGCCCAGCAGCUCAGCUACGCCAGCCACGGGAACAUCCCAAACAUCAUCCUGACCGUGACCGGAGAAUCCCCUCCCAGCCUCUCCAAGGACCUGACCAGCUCUCUCGCCGGGGUGGGGGACGUCAGCUUUGACUCAGAUUCCCAGUUUCCUCUGGACGAACUCAAAAUCGAUCCUCUGACCUUGGACGGGCUGCACAUGCUGAACGACCCGGACAUGGUCCUUGCUGAUCCCGCCACAGAGGACACCUUCCGGAUGGACCGGCUGUAGUGGGCGAGGAGCGCGCAGGAAGGAAGGGGGUGGCAGAGAGAGCGGGUGGGCAAGCGCCACAUCGCCGAGCCCCAGAAAGAAAGGACUGGUCCGCCCUUCCGGCCGGGCUCUCCUGACCACCGCAGGUCCGCCGUUUUGUCCAGUUUAGCGGCGCUUCUUCACCCACCAAGCGGCC